AUCGCUUCGUCAGGUUCACCCAUCCGUCUAAGAUAUCUAUCUACCCAAUUUCAUACAAAAUGUCCGAAGAUGAAAUGAACAUCGAUGAUAGUGCAGGUGUUGUACGCCGUAAAGGACGAGGAUUCCAGAGCGCGGGAGGCAAAGAGGGUGGCCUAUCUUCUGAACAAACGUAUGACAGAGUCGAGUCAACACAAGCAUUGGAGACGAGGGCUGCACGAUCGGUAGAAGGCUGGAUUGUGCUAGUGACGAAUGUUCAUGAGGAGGCAACAGAGGAAGAUGUUAUUGACAAGUUCGCGGAGUACGGAGAAAUCAAAAACCUGCAUUUGAACCUUGACCGUAGGACAGGUUAUGUCAAGGGAUAUGCGUUGGUCGAGUAUGAGACCAUGGCAGAAGCACAGGCUGCCAUAGAUGGCGCAUCAGGGACCACGUUAUUGGAGCAACCGCUACAAUGCGAUUAUGCCUUUGUCAGACCGCCGCCAACGGGCCCAAAGAAGGGACGAGGCCGCGAGGGCCGUGGUCGAAGUGCUAGCCCGUCGCGAAGAUGAGGAGAUUGACACUGUAUUAUACUUUUGUUCUUUACUGUCUAUCUGUGCUCUGGUGUCUUUCUGCUCUAUCAUUAUCACCCAAUAGCUUUGUGGUCACUCGGCCUUUCGUUGAUGCUAAGCUCUUGCACGCUGGAAGGAGGUUGCAGAACUACGUAACUGGGACUACCGAUAAGUCCUGAGAUUUUUGACUUUCAUUGGUGCCCUUGGAUGUCAGACAAUAAGAGUCCAAAAAUUAUGUUCUACUUA